CCCAACAUCCUGCUGACUGGGACCCCUGGUGUUGGGAAGACAACUCUUGGCAAAGAACUUGCAGAGAAAUGUGGCCUGACAUACGUAAAUGUGGGAGAUCUCGCAAAAGAAGGCAAUUUGUAUGAAGGCUAUGAUGAAGAAUAUGACUGUCCUAUUCUUGAUGAAGAUAGAGUGAUUGAUGAGCUGGAGGAUAAAAUGAGUGAUGGUGGAGUCAUUGUAGACUAUCACGGUUGUGACUUUUUCCCAGAAAGAUGGUUCCAGAUCGUGUUUGUGCUGAGAACAGACAAUUCCUUGUUGUAUGAAAGGCUUGAAAGCAGGGGAUACAAGGAGAAAAAACUUCAAGACAACAUCCAGUGUGAGAUCUUCCAGACUAUCUAUGAAGAGGCUGCAGAGUCAUACCAAUCAGAAAUUGUUCAUCAGCUGCCCAGUAACACACCAGAAGACCUGGAGAGAAACCUGGACCAGAUCACACAAUGGAUUCAGCAGUGGAGGAAUGACAAUAACUAA